GGCAAGAGACAACCCACUCCUCUUCUGAACUAACCCAAAGAUCAGGUCGGAGGCGGAGGCAAACACGAGAAGAAGAUGCCGCGGCGGCCUAGCGGCGGCGGCGGCGGCGCUGGUCCCGCGGCGGCCGCGGUGCGCAAGGUCCCCCUGCGGAAGCUUCUGCGUGCGGCGUCGGUGGCGUGCGGCGUGCAGUUCGGGUGGGCGCUGCAGCUCUCCCUGCUGACCCCCUACGUCCAGGAGCUCGGCAUCCCGCACGCCUUCGCCAGCCUCGUCUGGCUCUGCGGCCCCCUCUCCGGCCUCCUCGUCCAGCCCCUCGUCGGCCACCUCUCCGACCGCAUCGCCCCCGCCGCCUCCCCCCUCGGCCGCCGCCGCCCCUUCAUCGCCGCCGGCGCCGCUUCCAUCGCUGCCGCAGUUCUCACCGUCGGAUUCUCCGCCGACCUCGGCCGAAUCUUCGGCGAUUCCAUCACCCCGGGCUCCACCCGCCUCGGCGCCAUCAUCGUCUACCUCGUCGGCUUCUGGCUCCUCGACGUCGGCAACAACGCUACACAGGGACCCUGCAGGGCCUUCCUCGCCGACCUCACCGAGAAUGACCCAAGGAGGACUCGGAUAGCUAAUGCUUACUUCUCAUUGUUCAUGGCCCUGGGAAACAUACUUGGAUAUGCCACUGGAGCAUACAGUGGCUGGUACAAGAUAUUCCCGUUCACCGUUACUCCAUCAUGUAGCAUCAGCUGUGCCAACCUCAAGUCUGCCUUUCUACUUGAUAUUAUCAUUUUGGUGGUCACUACAUGCAUCACUGUAGCAUCAGUGCAAGAGCCUCAAUCCUUUGGAAGUGAUGAAGCAGAUCACCCUAGCACAGAACAGGAAGCUUUCCUCUGGGAACUUUUUGGAUCAUUCCGGUACUUUACAUUACCGGUUUGGAUGGUUUUGAUUGUUACUGCCCUCACAUGGAUUGGAUGGUUUCCAUUUAUCCUCUUUGAUACCGAUUGGAUGGGUCGAGAGAUCUAUCGUGGAAGUCCAGAUGAUCCAAGUAUAACUCAGAGCUAUCAUGAUGGUGUGAGAAUGGGUUCUUUUGGUCUGAUGCUGAACUCGGUCCUUCUUGGAUUCACUUCUAUUGUACUAGAGAAGUUAUGUCGGAAGUGGGGAGCUGGACUGGUGUGGGGUGUCUCCAAUAUCCUAAUGGCAUUGUGCUUUGUGGCAAUGCUUGUAAUAACAUAUGUGGCAAAGAAUAUGGAUUAUCCACCUAGUGGAGUACCACCAACCGGCAUUGUCAUUGCUUCCCUGGUAGUUUUUACAAUUUUAGGAGCGCCCCUGGCGAUCACGUACAGUAUACCAUAUGCAAUGGCUGCUAGUCGGGUUGAAAAUCUGGGACUUGGCCAAGGUCUAGCAAUGGGCAUUCUUAAUUUGGCUAUUGUCAUACCACAGGUUAUUGUGUCACUGGGUAGCGGGCCCUGGGACCAACUGUUUGGUGGUGGCAAUGCACCAGCCUUUGCAGUGGCUGCUGCUGCAUCUUUUAUCGGUGGGCUGGUGGCUAUUCUGGGCCUUCCACGAGCCCGCAUUGCAUCAAGGAGGAGAGGUCACCGAUAAGAAUAUUGCUACAUAUAAAUUGUCGGCCAUUCUUUGCAAUUCGACUCAUAAGAGGCACUCGGAACGCUAUGCAGUGCAUGGGGGAAUUGUAUAUUAUCUCCGAAUCAAGAAGGGGAUAAUGCUUGCUUUCUCCAUGAGCUAUUUUUGCCUUUUUCAUGCCGGAUCAUCAUAUGCUGUCGUACAUUGGAUGAUCUUAUGCUGUUGUACAUUGGAUGUUGGUCAUUUGUAGAGAUACUAGUGAAUAAAAGUUGCAGGAGUUGGUUCACUCGAGAAAAUUCUGGUCAGUAUGUCGUCCAUCUGCUGCACGACAGCAGUUAGGAGCCGAAUAGCAUGUCCAUGGGUUUUCAUCAAAUGUUGUAUCAUCAUUUGUUUUUUGAUACGUUCAGACGGCUUCAGUGCUGUGUGAAUAUAUAUGUAUGGAAUAUAUCGAGAAAAUGUUGUUGUAACAUUUGGUUUUUGAUCGUUGA